AUGUCGAAUCGAGUCAUUUGUGAUGUCGACAUGCCGGAUCCCUGGAUGGUCGCAGCCCAGGGCCGCUUCUAUUUGACUUUCACAUUAGGCAACCGGGUAGAAAUAUGGGCAUCGCAAGAGCUCGAGAACUUCCGCAAUUGUGAGAAAAUUGUCGCCUGGAAGCCGGCUUCAGGGACAACAGAGUGGUCGGUAGACAUCUGGGCUCCAGAACUACAUUAUCUUGGUGGGAGAUGGUAUGUGUAUUUCUGUGCGGCACAUGGAGGAAUAGGGAAUCGAUCACACCGCACAACGAUAUUGCGAUCUGAAUCCCAGAAUCCAAUGGACGCUGAUGCUUGGACCUUCGUCGGCCCGAUGAAGGGGUUGCCAGAUCACUGGAAUAUCGAUGCCACGGUAUUUACGCUGAAUUCGAACGAGUUGUACUGCUGCUACUCUGGCUGGCCACUGGGCGACAGCUCGGACACACAACAAGACCUCUUUCUCAUUCAACUCGCGAACCCCGAGCAGGCCAUUCCAAAUACCCUGACAUGUAUUUCCCGUGCGAGCCUGCCCUGGGAGCGGCCCGAUGGUGGGAGGAGAGGCGUGAAUGAAGGCCCCACUUGGCUGAGCAUACCGGGCUUCCAAGGUAUUGUUUACAGUGCCAACGGUAGUUGGACUUGUGAUUACAAGCUAGCCGUAUUACGUUACAAUGGCGGCAACCCGAGAGAUGAACGUUCCUGGGUGAAACGGCCAACACCACUACUCGAAAGUGAUCCGAGUGGUCCUGGACCGUUUGGACCUGGUCACGCUUCGUUUCUGGUCUCACCAUACCCCGGCGAUGCGAGAGUCUUUUGCAUAUAUCAUGCAACUGGACGGCCAGACGAGGGUUGGAACAAUCGCAAAGCUAGAGUGUUAUGCAUGGGCCUCGAACAUUUCCAGCCUCAUGGCCAGACCAUUCGCUUCACCGCGGCCACUGGACCUGUUACCUCAACGGCUGGGCCUUAUCCGGGGCAACAGUACGGCAAUGGUGGACCAUAUGCACCCCCUAUUCACAAUCAGCAGAGAAGAAGUCUUGUGGACAAGUUGGGUGACAAGGUUUCAAAGAUGCUGGGCGGCCGCUGA